UGACACAAGUGGGGGCGAAGUAGCAGGAGACUUCCCUUCGUCUGUUUCGCCAAAACCUCCGGGUGCCUUCCCAGAGACCCAGCCAUGGCGAUCUCCCAGAUCUCACGCGGAACCCUGUCCAUCCUCCUCCUCCUGGCCGCCGCCUUCGCUGCUGCCCCGGCUGCGCUCGCGGACGGCGACGACGUGGUGGCCCUCACCGAGUCCACGUUCGAGAAGGAGGUCGGACAGGACCGCGGCGCCCUCGUCGAGUUCUACGCCCCCUGGUGUGGUCACUGCAAGAAGCUUGCUCCUGAGUAUGAAAGGCUGGGUGCAAGUUUUAAGAAAGCUAAAUCUGUCUUGAUUGCUAAGAUUGAUUGUGAUGAGCACAAGAGUUUGUGCAGUAAGUAUGGAGUUUCCGGGUAUCCAACAAUCCAAUGGUUCCCAAAAGGAUCCUUGGAGCCCAAAAAGUAUGAAGGACAACGCACUGCAGAAGCCCUUGCUGAAUUUGUUAAUACUGAAGGAGGCACAAAUGUAAAGCUGGCAACCAUUCCUUCAAGUGUUGUGGUUCUGACCCCGGAGACCUUUGACUCAAUUGUCCUUGAUGAAGCCAAAGAUGUCCUUGUUGAGUUCUAUGCUCCAUGGUGUGGUCACUGCAAGAGUCUUGCACCGACAUAUGAGAAGGUGGCUUCUGUUUUCAAGUUAGAUGAAGGAGUUGUUAUUGCUAACCUUGAUGCUGACAAAUACAGGGAUUUGGCUGAGAAGUAUGGAGUUACUGGAUUUCCUACAUUGAAGUUUUUCCCAAAGGGAAACAAAGCUGGUGAAGAUUAUGAUGGCGGUAGGGACUUGGGUGACUUUGUCAAGUUCAUUAAUGAGAAGAGUGGUACCAGCCGUGACACAAAGGGUCAACUAACCUCAGAGGCUGGCCGCAUAGCAAGUCUGGAUGUCCUGGCUAAGGAGUUCCUUGGUGCUUCCAGUGACAAGCGAAAGGAAGUCCUUUCCAGUAUGGAGGAGGAGGCAGCUAAGCUCAGUGGUCCUUCUGCGAGGCAUGGGAAGGUCUAUGUAAACAUCGCAAAGAAGAUUCUAGAGAAAGGCAAUGAGUAUACUAAGAAGGAAACCGAGAGGCUUGAUCGCAUGUUGGAGAAGUCCAUCAACCCCUCGAAGGCCGAUGAGUUUAUCAUCAAGAAGAAUGUUCUCUCGACUUUCUCAUCCUAAGGCAUCUGCUAGCUCCAUUUUCACGUUUCAGAUAUAGGUGACAAAACUGCAAGAUUAGAAGUGUGAUAAUGAGUUAAGUGGCGGUAGAACUAAUUUUGGGGUUUUCCCUCGAGGACAUGUGAUACUUGUACUUCUUGCAAAUUGCAGUUCUUUUCCGCCCUUGUGCUUAUGGAUUUAUUCCGUAGCACCAUAGUUUAUUUUUGGUUCGACAUAGAGAACAUUGUGACUACAGAACUGAGUUUUACUGUCCAAUAACACUGUUCACUUGAUGGGGCUUAUGCGAAUCUGUUCUGAUA